AUGAUAGACACUGACAAUCAACGUGUGAUAAUUCACGUAAGAGACGUCACAAAUGAACCCCCAAAGGAGUCUUCAAAUGAACACAAACAUUCACGUCAAAAGCGACGCGUUACACGCGCUGUUCGACCUACAAAACGUAUAGAAUUCGCUGAAUCUGACGGAGAUUCUGAGGGACGAAAUGUUUUUCAACUUGAAAAAGAAACUGAACGAGAAACAUUUAAAAUUCGUGAUGAUAAUCCUUGGGUGACAGUUGAAACAAACGGAGCUGUUCGUGUCAAGAAGAAGUGGGACUAUGAAGAACUUGGACCUGAAAAGACAAUUGACUUUUGGGUUAUCAUUUCUAAUCAGGGACACAAUGAUACUGACAAUCAACGAGUGAUUAUUCAUGUAAAAGACGUGAAUGAUGAGCCGCCAUAUUUCAUUAAUCGACCAUUACCAAUGCAAGCUGUUGUACAAUUAAAUGCACCGCCAAAUACUCCCGUCUUCACUUUACAAGCUCGUGAUCCCGACACUGAUCAUAACAUUCAUUAUUUCAUCGUUCGUGACCGGACUGGUGGAAGAUUCGAAGUCGACGAAAGAUCUGGUGUUGUGAGAACGAGAGGAACAGAUUUGUUUCAACUUGAUGUAGAAUACGUUCUGUACGUGAAAGCGGAAGAUCAAAAUGGAAAAGUCGAUGACAGGAAGUUCCAAAGUACUCCAGAAGAAAGACUUUCAAUCGUUGGUGGAAAACGUGCACCACAAUUCUACAUGCCAAGUUAUGAAGCUGAAAUUCCCGAAAACCAAAAGAAGGAUUCUGACAUAAUUUCGGUGAAAGCAAAAUCAUUUGCUGAUCGUGAAAUUCGCUACACUUUGAAAGCACAAGGACAAGGUGCAGGAACUUUCAACAUUGGACCAUCAUCUGGCAUUGUGAAACUGGCAAAAGAAUUGGAUUUUGAAGAUUUACGACAACCUCAUGUUUAUUCUCUUGUUGUUACAGCAACUGAGGAUUCGGGUGGCUUCUCAACAUCAGUUGAUCUUACAAUUCGAGUAACUGACGUUAAUGAUAAUGCUCCAAAGUUUGAACUUCCCGAUUAUCAAGCUCAUAACGUCGACGAAGAUAUUCCACUUGGAACAAGUAUUCUUAAAGUAAAAGCAAUGGAUUCCGAUUCCGGCGCAAAUGCUGAAAUUGAAUAUCUCGUGUCAGAUGAUCACUUUGCUGUCGAUUCAAGUGGCGUGAUUGUCAACAAUAAGCAACUUGAUGCUGAUAACAAUAACGCUUACUACGAAUUUUCAGUGACAGCAAAAGAUAAAGGAGAACCAGCAAAGACUGGAACGGCAACUGUUCGAAUCUACACGAAGAAUAAAAACGAUGAAGAACCGAAAUUCUCACAACAAGUCUAUACACCAAAUGUUGAUGAAAACGCUGGUCCAAAUACUCUAGUUACAACUGUUGUUGCAUCAGAUAAAGAUGGCGACAACGUGAGGUUUGGUUUUGUGGGUGGUGGUACGAGUAGUGGACAGUUUGUGAUUGAAGAGAUUACUGGAGUUAUUCGACUUCACUCGAAAGGCAUUACAUUAGAUCGUGACAAGUAUGAACUGAAUGUGACAGCUUUAGAUGACGGUUCGUGUUGUGUCAAUGGUGACUCAACUAUUCAUACGUCGACGGCAGUUGUUGUCGUAUUCAUAACUGAUGUCAACGACAAUAAGCCGGUGUUUAAAGAUUGUGGAACGUAUUAUCCGAAAGUUGAAGAAGGUGCGCCCAAUGGAAGUCCCGUCAUAAAAGUUCAAGCAACUGAUGAAGAUAAAGGUGUCAACGGUCAAGUAAAAUACUCGAUUGUUCAACAGCCAAAUCAAAAAGGAACGAAAUUCACUGUUGAUGAAGAAACAGGAGAAGUUUCAACGAAUAAAGUCUUCGACCGUGAAGGUGAUGAUGGGAAGUUUGUAUCAGUGACUGUGAAGGCCACGGAUCAAGGUGAACCAAGCCUUGAGGGUGUUUGCUCGUUCACAGUUGAAAUCACUGAUGUUAACGACAACCCACCACUUUUUGAUCGACAGAAAUAUGUCGAGAAUGUUAAACAAGAUGCGAGCAUUGGAACGAACAUUUUAAGAGUAUCCGCUUCGGAUGAAGAUGCUGAUAACAAUGGAGCGAUCGUUUACACACUCAGUGCACCUUAUAAUCCAAAUGACUUGGAAUAUUUUGAAAUUCAACCUGAGUCUGGAUGGAUUGUGUUGAAGAAACCACUCGACCGAGAAAGAUACCGUCUUCGAGUUCGUGCUGCUGAUAAAGGUAUUCCACCGAGCUAUGCCGAUGUCGACGUUGAUUUGGAUGUUGUGGAUCGCAAUAAUAAGCCGCCAAUAUGGGACAGUAUUGUCUAUGGCCCUAAGCAUAUAAAAGAAAAUGUCCCAAUAAAUACAGUCGUAGCGACGGUAAAAGCAAGGUUUGUAAAAUAUCUCUUGAUAAGUUAUCGCUAUUCGAUUGUGAGCGCUACUCAAAAGCAUAACUUGCUUCUCGAGGCAAUGGCUCAAGAUAAAGGAUAUCCGCCAUUAUCACGUACCGUGGAAGUGCAAAUAGAUGUUGUAGAUCGAGCUAAUAAUCCACCGGUGUGGGAUCAUACAAUCUAUGGUCCGAUUUAUGUAAAGGAAAAUAUGCCCGUUGGUGGAAAAGUUGUGUCGGUUAAAGCCAGUUCGGGAAUAGAAGGCAAUCCAACAGUGUUUUAUCGUUUGAUGCCAGGCUCGACUGCUCAAACCAACAAAUACCAUACAUUCUACCUUCAGCAACGACAAGACAAUGGCGAUACUUGGGCGGACAUUAAAGUCAAUCAUCCUUUGGAUUACGAAACAAUUAAGGAAUACAAUCUGACGAUACGUGUUGAGAAUAAUGGAGCGCAGCAAUUGGCAUCCGAGGCUACAGUUUACAUAAUGCUUGAAGAUGUGAAUGAUGAAAUUCCUUUAUUCACAGAACGAGAACAAGAAACUGUGUUAGAAGGUGAACCAAUUGGCACGAAAGUCACUCAAGUUAAUGCUAUUGACAAGGAUGGAACAUUCCCGAACAAUCAGGUUUAUUAUUACGUCGUUGAUUCGCCACGUAAUGAAGGCAAAGAUUUCUUUGAAAUCAAUCUUCAAAGUGGAGAAAUCUUUACAAAAAUUGUAUUUGAUCGAGAAAAACAAGGCGCAUAUGCUCUGGAAGUAGAGGCCAGGGAUGGAGCACCAUCAGCGCGCCCAAACAGCAAUCAACAACCAAAUUCAGGUAAGCAUUCGCAUUCAUUUGACCUUUAACAACCAUCAACUUUCGACAUCUGCAAAAAGUUCUCAGACAAAUUACUAUAAGCCUCCAAGGGACUUAAAUAAAAACACAUAACAAAUAACUGCAAUUUAUCUCGUGAAAUAUGCUUGCUUACACUCUUCAACAUAAUGAUGUUUGAAUAGUUAACAAUCAGA